AUGGACACCAAGACCGCCCAUCAGACAACAAUCCCAGAGCCUCGCAACUCUACCGAGAAGGAACAAAAUGUUGAGAUUCUCGAGCAGGCACAGACCAGCAAUGAAGAGCUGUGGAUACAGCAGUACGACCUGUUGGCUGGCAAGUCCAAGGAAGAGCUCGACAAAAUCAACAAGAAGGUCGUCAGCAAGCUCGACUGGCGCUUCUUGACCACUAUCACGGCCAUGUUGCUCAUGAACUACCUCGACCGUAUCAACGUCUCAAACGCUCGCCUUGCUGGAUUCCAACGAGACGCCCACAUGAGUGAUGUCGAGUGGUCUGCUGGCAUCUCUCUGUUCUACGUCGGAUACAUCAUCACCCAGGUCCCCGCCAAUGUCAUCAUCGCUAAGGGCAACCCUCGCAUUCUCCUUCCCUGUAUUAUGCUGGGCUGGUCCGCUGUCACGAUCUGUAUGACCGCAAUCACUUCGCCUGCUGGCUUCAUGAUCUGUCGAUUCCUGGUCGGUGUUACUGAGGGCCCUUUCAUCCCUGCUGUGGCGCUCAUGACUUCUUCAUGGUACACCAAGCAGGAGUCUCCUCUGCGCAUGGCGAUCUGGCACGCUGGCAACAUCGUUUCCAACAUUAUCUCCGGCUUUCUCGCCGCCGGAAUCCUCGAGCACAUGGACAACAUCGCGAACCUGCACUCUUGGCAGUGGUUCUUCCUCAUCGAGGGCAUUGUCUCCAUCUUGGUCGCGAUUGCCGCCUUCUGGGGUCUGCCAAAGUGGCCAGAUAACACGGGCGAGUACUUCUUCACCAAAGAGGAGUCUCAGAUGGCCCAGUACCGCAUGAAGGUUUCCGCCGGUGGCCAAGUCGAGGAUGACCAGGGAGGCUACUGGGAGGGAUUCAUGAUGGCCAUGAGGGAUCCUUUCACCUGGCUCUUCGCUGCUAUCCAUUUCGCCCUUAUCCUUUCGCAGGCCUUCAAGGAUUUCUUCCCAAGCGUCGUCGAGACUCUCGGCUUCUCCAAGAUGGAAACAUAUCUUGUGCAAGCGCCGCCCUACUUCAUCGCCUAUAUUGUGUGUUUGGUCGUCUCGUGGUCCUCGGGUCGAUUCGGCGAGGCCUGCUGGCACAUCGUUGCCUGCAUGGCUGCGUGCUUGGCUGGCGCUAUCCUGAUGAUUUCAACUCUCAAUGUCGGCGCACGCUACUUUGGGCUUAUCCUGCUCUGCUCGGGGCCCUUCCUGGGUCUCAACUUGCAGUUGUCGUGGGAAACAACCGUGGUGCCGAGGCCGCGAACGAAGAGGGCCGCGCUGGUUGCGUUUGCCAAUUGUGUGAGCUCGGUGAGCCAUUGGUUCAGUCCGUACUUCUUCUUGACCUGGCAGGCGCCGAGGUAUGUUAUGGGUGGUGGGCUGUUGAUUUUGGGUUGUGCGCUUUCGAUUGGGCUGGUUAUUCUGACUAGGUGGUACGCGAUGAAGAAGAAUAAGGCGAUUGAGAAGGAGGAGGAGCGUACUGGUGUGAUCAACCCCUGGCGCUUCGCUACUUAG